UGAGGCCAAGCAUUUGGCUUUGCAGCAUCAAACGGGUUGCUUGCUGCUGUAUUACUUUAUUACGUCGAGCACUUCACUCCAGCCAACCCUAAGUGGGAGGUAGGCAAGCGCGCGUGCAACGUAACGGAAGGCAGCGUGUGGAGCCUGAGCGCCUGGCCACGCGUCAACGACACAGCAGUCGCGGACACCUCGGACUGCAAGGAAGUUUGAUUGCUGGGUCGUGAGGGCCAGACCUCCAUCAUGGCGCUGUCAACGAACCAGCAGCUGCUGUAUGCGGACGGGUGCGACUACGAGGCGGGGGCAGUGGACAUCGUGGCUAGCCUGGAUGUGCGGCUGGGCGGAGCAGGUGGAUCAGGUGGAGCAGGGGGCGACCCGGCACGUAAGGCGCUGCAGGAGGUGGCGGGGCAGAAGAAGGGCAUCCUGCGGCGCCUGCUCACCAAAUUCAAGAAAAAGUUUACAAGCGGUUUCGGCGACAAGCCGGCACCGCAGGCCGGCGGGAGCUCUGCAAGCGGCGGUGGCGGCGGCGCUGUGAGCCUGUACCCCAUCAAGCUGCCGGCCUCGCCGCCUCGCCUAGGUCUGCUGCGGUCGCCGGGGCGGCGGACGGUGGCUGCGGCUGCAGCAGGUCAGCUACUGCCGCCCUGGAAGCAGCAGCAGCAACAACAGCAGCAAGAGCCCAAUGCCAAUGCCAGUACCAACAGCGGCUCGGCUGCAGCCUCCGCCAACACAACCAGUGGCAGCGGUCAUGGAGCCACACCAGUACUGGCGACGCCGAGGGAUGGCAGCUGGCAGUCCACUGCUGGCGCUGGCGGGGCUGGGGGCAGGAGCAGCGGCGGAAGCGGGUCCGCCGCCGCCAUGCCGACACCGCCCCGCAGCCCCGGGGCCCUGGCGGCACGUGCGCGGCCGCUAAUCCACACCACCAGCAACAACACGCGCGGAACAGAAGCAGCGCUGGCCCCGCAACCAUAUCCACCGCUCACCUGCCAGCCGACACCAUCGUCGCCGGCGGCGCGGUUCAGCCGUCCCGGCUACUUGGCGGCAGAGGCCGCAGAGGGCGUGCGGCACCGCGGCGGCGCCAGUGUAGCUGGCGGCGGCGGCGGCUCCGCUGCGGCCUACGCCGCCAGCCCCGCCGACCCUGCAGAGAUGGGUGUUGCCGUGCGUCGUGGAGGGACGGUAGGAGGAGGCGUGAAUGGAGGCGCUGACAACCUGCAGCACCAGGAUUCGGAGCCGAUGCUGUUCUCCGAGGUGUUGCUGUCCGAGGUACCGCGCGCCGCACUGCCAGCCGCAUACCACCAGCCGCCGCCGCAGGAGCACGGCCACCACCACCAGCAGCAGCAGCACCCACAGCAGCGCCCUCAGCAGGGCACGCAGCAGGCCUCGCAGCAGGGGUGGUGUCAGCAGCAGCCGGGCGCUGAGGCAGCAGCAGGGUGGCAGGCGCCGGCGGCCGGGGACGAGGGCGUGGCGGCACCCGGGGCGCCCAUACCGUCGCACCGCGCGCGGUAUGCCGCCGACCAUGGUGGCGGCGGCAGCCAGCCGCAGCAGCACUAUCCGCCGCAGCACUACCCGCUGCAGCAGCGGCAAGGGCUGCAGCAGCAGUCGCAACCUCACAGCCGCUCAGCCGCACCGCCACACCGCCAGCCGCCACCGCCACUGCCCCCGCGUGGCGCCGCCGGGCCCAGCAGCACCAGCAGCAGCAGCAGGCAGCCGCCGUACCCCGCGGCGGCACCGCACGCCCACACCCGAGCCGACAGCUACCCAGACGGCACCACAGUCUCGACCUCCUACCCCUACCCCCAUCCCCGACCGCCGUACGACGAUCAGCGCACUGAGUACUAUGACAACGGCGGCGGCAGUGACACGGAGUCCCAGUUCUCUCAGGCCACCACCAGCGCCCUCACCGCCUUCACCGCCGCCCCCAGCGCCAGCGCCCUGUCCACCACCACCACCACAGCGGCGGGAGGCGGCGGCGGCGGCAACGGCCUGAUUGCGGGCCAGGUGCGGGAGCUGGUGGGCGCCCUGGAGGCGGAGCUGGCGGCGGUGGCGGCGGCGCGGGAGAAGCACGAGCUGAGGCUCAAGCUGGUGGGCUCCCUGCUGGACAUGAUGCCGCCCGGGGGAGGGGGAGGAGAGGGCGGGGGAGGUGGGGGUGGGGAUGGAGGAGGCACACCUGGCACCGGCACAGGUGCCGGCGCCGGCACGCCCCACCCAUCACUGGCUGACGCCGAAACCCACAGCGUCAGCAACCGCCUAGGAGAUGACAACGAGGACGACCAAGAGGAGGGAGGCCUGCAGCGGCAGCACCAGGGGCCGCGGCGGAUGCGGCCCUUCCCGCCGCCGCCACCCAGUAGCGGUGGCAGCAGCAGCGCAGGCGGCCUGCUGGGCGGUGGUGCUGCUGCUGCGGCCGCUGGCGGCGGCGGCGGCUCACUGGCUGGGCGGCUGGGCGGAGAGCGCGGUCGGCUGCUGACGGAGCUGGCGGUGCUGGGGUACCGGGCGGCGCUGCUGGGCUUUGCGCGGCAGGAGUGGACCAAGGUGCUGGGCGUGCUGGCGGGCGUGCGCGUGUCGCGGCGCCAGGCGGGCCCGCUGCAGGCCAUCCUGUUCUCAGACACCCUGUCCCGCAUACGGGCCUUCCAGCGGGCGCAGGCGCGGCGGGCGGCGGCCGAGGGUAUCGAGCUGCCGCGGGUUGGCCGGAUGUCACAACCAUCAGAGGCAGGCAUUGACAGCUACGCAGCAGCAGGGGGCAGGGUUGCAGGCGGAGGCGCAGGCGCCGCCUCCACCUCGUCAUCCCGGCGCACACAGCAGCAGCAGCGGCACUCCCACUCCUCCCUCUCCCAGCAGCAUCUGACGCGCUCGGCCCUGGCUGCUGCCACCGCCGCCAGUGCUGGCCCGCCGCGGCGGCACCAACCCCAGUCCCAGCCUCACCGCAACCACCCGUACCCCCAGCAGUACCAGCAGCAGUGGUACCCACCGGACGAUCAGCAGGACGAGCAGGUGCACGUGUCGGCGGCCUCCACCACCGCCGCGAUGCCGCUGCGUGCACAGCUACUGCGGGGCCAGCAGCAGCAGCCGCAGUGGGGCCGGCAGCCACUGGCGCUGUCGCAGGUGCCGCUGCCGCCGCCGCGAGGCUACAGUAGCUCCCAGAGCAAUGUGGUGGUGGGUGCAGCCGGCAGCCUGCGCUCGGCAAGCAGCAGCCGCCACGGCGGCUCCAGCUCCGCCGCCAUCAGCAGGCGGCAGCAGCAGCAUGGGCCGCUGCCACCACCCGCGGGAGGUGCUGGGGGCGGCGGCAGCGGCGGGGUGCAGGGCGGCCAGCAGGCGCCACAGCCGCCGCUGUCGGCCAGCGCUGGCGGAGGCGCUGCUGCUGUGGGCCGCCGGCCGCCACAGCAGCGGCCUCAUCAGCAUCAGGACACGCACCGCCAGCAGCAGCAGCACCAGGAGUACCCGCACCCGUACCCGCUUCCUGGUGCCGGCUCCCACCGGGCGCGGGAGUCGCCUGCUGCGCCAAUGCCGUACGCCUUACAAGAACAGGAGGCAUUGGACUACGGCCCGUUCGGUGGCCAGUACGGCCAUGACCACCACAGCGGCGGGUUCCAAGAGCUCCCAGAUGUGGCCCUGACGGCGGGCGGCGGCCACCUGCAGCAGCUGGCGCCCAUACGCGAGGAUGACAGCGGCGCCUCCUCCUCCCUGUCGCACCUGUCACACCUACCGCACGCCGUGUCGGGGGAGGCGCACCCGCCGGACAGGCGACCAGCCGCUUCAGGGGCACGGCAGCAGCAUCAGCAGCACCAGCAGCUGUGGACGCCGCCCCAACACCAACAGCGGCUGCAGGCGCACACGGGGAUGCAGCAGGCGCACGUGUCACAGCGCCCCUAUGCACUGGCGGAGCGGCCCACCAGCACCAGCACCGCCAGCACCCGCAGCCGCCGCAGGCCGGCCGGUCUUCAUAAGGCGUAUGCUGGCGCCAGCGGCGGCACUGACGGCGACAGACAGCGGCGCGCGGGAGGUGGCGGGUGGCCCCAGCAGCAACAGCCGCCGCAGCAGCAGAGCAUGACCGUGCCCUUGGGGUCGGCUGGGGCAUACGGUGCCGACUACCCAGCAGUAGAUGAAGCGGCACAGACUGUGGAGGCGGAGGCGGGGGCUGGUGACUCCGACGUCGAUUCGUCUUCCUCGGAGGAGAUGUACCGCUCAGUGGCCUCACUGGCGCGGCACCUGCCCGCGCAGCUGCUGGCCGCGGCGGCGGCGGCGGCGGCUGGCGGCGGCGGCGGCACGGGGCCAGGGGCCACCUACCCGGCCGGCGGCCGGGAAGGAGCCGGGGAGGGAUACCGGCACGAAGGGGAAGGCGGCGAGGGUGGUGAGGAUGGCGAGGAGGGAGGUGAUGAUGUUGAUGAUGAUGACAAUGACUCGCUGGAGUCAGCUUUUAUCAGCCGAUGCCUCACCGCCACACGCACCAGCCUGGACAUACGCGGGCUCGGGGUCGGGGUCGGGGGAGCAGGAGGAGCAGGAGGAGGAGGAGGAGCUGUGCGGCAUUGGCAGGCGGUCGCCGCUUUUGCCGGCGGCGGCGGCAGUGGCUCUGCACCGCCGCUUAUCCCCGCGCCUACCCAGCAGCAGCACCCCCACCACGCGCCUCAGCAGCUACAGCCUGGCGCAGCGCCGGGGGCUGCUGUCUACGGCGGCAACAGCGGCGGUGGCGGUGGCUGUGUGGGUCUGACUGCCGGCGCCAACAGCGCGGCGGCUGUGGCGGGCACUCCCAGCGGCCCGGAGGGGUAUGCGCAGCACCAGCACCAGCAGGAGCCGGGGAUGGGCCGUGGAGGCGGCAGAGGCGGUGGGGGAGGGGGAUGGGGAGCAGCGAGCGCAGUGCGUGAUGAUGUGGGGGGCGAGUAUGGCACACUGGAGUGGGGGGACACGGCAGCAGCGGCAGGUGGGGGUGAUCGUGAGGGCUACUUUGAGGUGGUGGCCACAGCCGCCUCCUGCGCCUUCAGCGACAGUGCGCCAGGCCACAGCACUGGCGGCGGCGGCGGUGGCAGCACGCAGCAGCCUUACCAGCAGCCGCGCUGAGGGAAGCGAGUCAGCACUGGCAGGUGCAGUGGAGUGCCAUUGAGUGCCAUGGAGUGGCAUCAGCCUUUCAAGAGUGCAUGUGUGUGUAUGUGUGUGUGUGUGUGUGUGUGUGUUAAAGAGCACAAGGAAAACAUAGCGCAAAAACGUGUGUGUGUGCGCGCGUGUGUGUGUGCGCGCUGAGAAGCGCAAGCGGGCCGUGCAUGUGACGCGAGUGCGGGAUACGCGGCCACGGGCCCUCAGGCUUUUGGUGAUAAGGCCCGGACCGACAAGUGUUCCCCGGUCACGGGAAAAGGGGCUGAGCCCCUCCACAGUCUGAGGCCGAACAACCUCAUCGCCCGGACAUAGCCGGGGUCGGUUUCCACAGGCACAUAGCCAAAACAGGUGCCUAGCAAUCGCGAUGCCACAGCAGUGCCAACCGCAGCCAGACCGGACCGAAAACUAGCACGAGUACUGCUGAUGGGAGGCCACGGUGUGUCAGGCCACACCCCGCCAGCACUGGCGCGCGUGUGCAACGCGUUACGUACGACUGAAGCUGUGGCCGUAGGGCCGGCGUGGGCGCUGAUGGUGCCCCAGGGGCGGGCCGGGGCUGACAGCAGCUGCACUGCUUGCUGUCGCGUAGUUGUGAUGGGGUCGUCUGGGUGUGGCCUGGAUGGAUAUAUAGGUG